UACUUGGCAUUUGGUAAAUCUGGACUAAUAUAUUUUUAAUAAAAUAUAUUCAUGUUUUUCUUUUUUCUAUGUUUUAUAAGUGUGUAUUUAAGGCUCCUGAGUCACUACAGCCAUACUGAAUCGUUACAUCAGAAGAAAUAGAAUAUUAGAAGAGAAUAAUAUUUAUACAAUAUCUAUAAAGUAGCUACGUUUAAAAAAAUGAAGCUGUGUAAAUAAUUUAUACUUGAACGAGAAACGAUUUGCAUUUCCGUUCCUCAGUGUCUUUAUAAACAGUAUAUUUGUUUUGAUAUCCCUAAGAAGCUUGAUUUUGUUUUUCUGUCUUGCUUGUAAGAUUUUAUCGACCAGUUAUAUCAACCAGAGAAGCACCUUGGACGUGAGUUAUUUGUCUCUUUAAAACAUUUUUCUAUUAACAGUGUUUUAUAGAGGUACAAAAGUGUGUUCAAUCAUGCAAUAACCUACUGUCGACCUUCAAAUUUGACGCUAAUAUCCACAUACUUGCUCGAUUGCGCAAACAUGGCAAUUUGGUUCUCGAUUUCUUUUGUCGUUAGCUGUCUUCAAAAUCUUUAAAGAUUUUUCGUCUAUAGACAUACGAGACUUGUGUUAUAUAUGAUGUACUAUUUUUUAGAACAGCAGUUUUAUUGAUCAACUAGAAUUUCGUCACAAAAGAGGGUCAUCAUGGAUAUUCGAUGCAAAUUAAAUAGAAUACCAUCAUAGGACUUACAAGGAGUCAGUUUUGUUCAACAGCGCUGAUGCGAAAUAUGCAAAUUCUAGAAAAACAGUUUAAUCUGUUUUUAAAAAAAAUUUUGUUGCAGAAGAUCAUAUCAUGGGACUUCGUCGCAGAAGAGAAUCAUCAGGGGAUUUGAUCAUACAAGAUCAUCAUAAAAUUCCAUUGCAGAAGAGCCACUAUUGUGAAAGAUCAUCGUGGGAUUUUGCCGCAGAAGAUGAUUAUCGUGGGAUCUUAUUGCAAAAAAGGAUCACAUGACAAGAUUAUCUUAGGAUUCCAUUAUAGAAGAGAACCAUCGUGGAAGUUAAUCGUGGGGCCUUUUCGCAGAAGAGGAUCAUCUCCCUCCCGUGUGACCUCUUUGCGGAAGAGAAUCAUGGGAUUUCGUAAUACAAGAUCAUCAUAGGAUUCCAUUUGCAGAAGAGGACCAUCGUGGAAAUUAUCGUGGGGCCUUUUAGCAGAAGAAGAUCAUCGUGGGACUUCGUCGUAGAAAAGGAUCAUGUCUCGUGAGAUCUCGUUGCAGAACAGAAUCAUCAUGGGAUUUUGCAAUACAAGAUCGUUAUAGGAUUCCAUUGCAGAAGAGGACCAUCGUGGAAGAUCAUCGUGGAAGAUCAUCGUGGGGCUUUCUUGCAGAAGAGGAUCAUCGUGGGACUUCAUCGUAGAAGAGGAUCAUCGUGAGACCUUGUUGCAGAAGAGAAUCAUCAUGGGAUUUCGUCAUAUAAGAUCAUCAUAGGAUUCCAUUUGCAGAAGAGGACCAUCGUGGAGAUCAUCGUGGGGCCUUUUAGCAGAAGAAGAUCAUCUCUCAAGAGGACCAUCGUGGGGCCUUUUAGCAGAAGAGGAUCAUCGUGGGACUUCGUCGCAGAAGAGGAUCAUCUCUCGUGAGACCUUGUAGAAGAGAAUCAUGGGAUUUUGUCAUCCAAGAUCAUCAUAGGAUUCCAUUGUAGAAGAGGAUCAUCGUGGAAGAUCAUCGUGGAAGAUCAAAUCAUCGUGGAAGAUCAUCGUGGAAGAUCAGAUCAUCGUGGAAGAUCAUCGUGGGGAUUUCUCGCAGAAGAGGAUCAUUGUGGGACUUUGUUGCAGAAGAGAAUCAUCUCUCGUGAGACCUUGUUGCAGAAGAGAAUCAUCAUGGAAUUUCGUAAUACAAGAUUAUCAUAGGAUUCCAUUUGCAGAAGAGGACCAUCGUGGGGCCUUUUAGCAGAAGAGGAUCAUCGUGGGACUUCGUCGCAGAAGAGGAUCAUCUCUCGUGAGACCUUGUAGAAGAGAAUCAUCAUGGGAUUUUGUCAUCCAAGAUCAUUAUAGGAUUCCAUUGUAGAAGAGGAUCAUCGUGGAAGAUCAUCGUGGAAGAUCAGAUCAUCGUGGAAGAUCAUCGUGGGGAUUUCUCGCAGAAGAGGAUCAUUGUGGGACUUUCUCGUAGAAGAGGAUCGUCGUGGGACUUUGUCGCAGAAGAGGAUUAUCAUGGGAUUUUGUCAUCCAAGAUCAUUGUGGCGACUCUUAUCAGUCGCACUAACGAAAACCCACCGAGAAGCUACCUUUCGUCAAGCGCUCGGGGGGAACAUCCAAGCGCCUGUAGCACGCGACCGCACGCAAAUACUGCGCGACGCGCAACUACCGCGGUACGCCCACCAGAGGGCUAGCGCCGAUAAUGUUAUCGCGUGCGAAGAAUCGGUCCAGAGCCCUUAUAGAUAAGGCGCCGAACCGAUCAACCGGCACCGAGCAGCGGCAUGCAGGGCUAUUCCUCCCAGCAAUUUUUAACGCAGCUACGGUCUACCGAGCAACAGCAGCUACCGCCGCUAUCGCAGCUACAGCAGCUAUCGCAGCCUCUGCCGCAGCAGCCACCGCAGCCUCGACAGCAGCAGCCAUCGCAGCCUCAGCCGCAGCAGCCAUCGCAGCCUCAGCCGCAGCAGCCAUCGCAGCCUCGACAGCAGCAGCCAUCGCAGCCUCAGCAUCAGCGGACAGCGCAGCCUCCGCAGCGGCAGCCGCCGCAGCAGCCAGCCCGGCAGAGAGGAGCCUCGCUGAUCCAGCGUCUACGACAGCAGCUCCUGCGCCGCCGUCGACUACAAGCGACGACACCCAGGAUCCGGCCAGUGGAGGCAACCGGAUUGCUCCGGCGCCCACCAAGACGGCAACACCAGCUGGGCAACGCAUCGCAGUCUCCGCCCGAGUCGUCGAUACAGUCGACCGGUCAGCAGGGACCAGAGCCGACCUCCGUGCGAAAGGUGACCCUCCAGCUUGCCGCCUGGAAGUUGCACCGGCUGGACAUACCGCCGCCUGCCAGGACUAGGCCACCGAGGUACUGCCUAUACCCGUGGGACCUCAGAGUGCGCCGGUACACCUCGCCACGAUACUUGCAGGCGCCUCCACCAGCGGGACAACAGGAGCCGUCCUCUGGAUCCGAGUGGGAGACCACCAACCAACCCGGAGACGAGAACGCGAACUACUGGGGCCCGGUAAAGAGGACCGCGACACAGCCCUCGCUCACUUACUGCGAGCGAGUAAGUGCGAAGCGGCGCACCACCAAGUGGACGCAUACGCAGCCACCGCUCACCUACAAGGAUCGAAGCCCCUCUAAGUGAGGAGGAAGCCCAACGGCCCUUUUCAGGGCCACCAUAAAAUACCAAGACCUACCAUCUUUGUAUAUAUCUGUACAUAGCUAUAAUAAACGUGUACAUAAAUUAUAUACAGAGUCACGACUUCAACCUCUCUCUUGCAAUCCCUGGUGCCGCACCGACAGAGGCCGACAGCGACGGCCGGUCGGUGACUCAUCUUACAUCUACCAGUAGCGGGUAGACAUAACCGUAUACGCUAAGCGCAUCGCUACAACUGGUGACCCCGACGUGAUCGGCAGUACCAAGCAAGGGAGAGAUAUACAACAUGA